AUGGCUGAUCCUUGCAGGGUUCAUGGACUAUGUGGACCCAACAGUAGUUGUAGUUAUGGUUCUGGUUCCAAUAGGGGGUGCUCUUGUCUGCCAAGGCAUAAGAUCAAGAAUCAGAGUGAUUGGUCUUAUGGGUGUGAAUUAGAACACAAUCUUCCUGAUAAUGAUCGCAAGGCUAGUUUUGUCGUGGUGGAUCAUAUGGAAUUGUAUGGGUAUGAGGAUAAUGUUUCUAAGAACUCCACCUUAGAGAGUUGCAACGAAAUGUGUUUGCAAACAUUGAUAUGCAAAGGGUUCUUGUUCAAAUUUGAAAGUGGUGUCUAUAACUGCUAUGCCAAGUCACAACUACUCAAUGGGAAACAUUCCCAAAAUUUACUUGGAACACUAUGUCAAGCUAAAUGUUUCUAA